CUCUGUGUGACCAUAGUUUUCAGUUUGGCCUAAUUGAACAAAUAACACUGCUUUUCUCUCGCUAUUUGAUCACUCUAUUUUUCACUAUUUUCUUUCUUGAAUCUCCUUCAUCCUCAAGAGAAAACUUGGAGAAAAAAAACAAACAAACAAAAUAACUGUUCAAUACCCACUUUACUUUUCCAUUGAUUUGAUAGUUUCACAGAUCUAAACCCCUUUUCACUUUCAGAUCUUCAAAGUUUUGUAUUACAACAAUUGCAAAUUUGAGAUUUUUAUGAGCAAACUUAGAAGUGAGUCCUGUCAAAUGUGGAGACAUAAUUGGAGGGUGUUUUGGAUGAGAUGAGGUAUGCCAUCUGGAUUGAUGAACUUCUUGAGGGCCUGUUUUCAGCCAAGGGCUGAUGGACAUGUUCAUACAAGUUCUUCAGAUGCUGGCGGUCGUCAAGAUGGGCUUUUAUGGUACAAGGAUACCGGACAACAUGUAAAUGGAGAGUUUUCUAUGGCUGUAGUUCAGGCUAAUAAUCUACUGGAAGAUCAGAGCCAAAUUGAAUCAGGAUGCUUGAGCUCUCAGGAUUCUGGGCCAUAUGGUACUUUUAUCGGAAUUUAUGAUGGGCAUGGGGGACCUGAAACUUCAAGGUUCAUUAAUGAACACCUCUUUCAGAAUCUCAAGAGGUUCACAUCUGAGCACCAGUCUAUGUCUGUUGAGGUGAUUCGGAAAGCAUUUCAAGCAACAGAAGAAGGUUUCCUCUCUGUUGUGACUAGACAAUGGCCAACGAAACCACAGAUUGCUGCUGUUGGAUCAUGCUGUCUUGUUGGAGUUAUCUGCAGUGGAACCUUAUACAUAGCCAACCUUGGUGACUCAAGGGCAGUCUUAGGGAGACUUGUCAAGUCAACUGGCGAGGUUCUCGCAAUUCAGCUCUCUGCAGAACACAAUGUGAGCAUUGAAUCUAUAAGACAGGAGAUGCAAUCUUUGCAUCCAGAUGAUUCACAAAUUGUAGUUUUAAAGCACAAUGUCUGGCGUGUCAAGGGGCUUAUACAGAUUUCAAGAUCCAUUGGUGAUGUGUACUUAAAGAAAUCUGAAUUCAACAGGGAGCCAUUGUAUGCUAAGUUUCGCCUUCGUGAACCAUUUGUAAAGCCCAUAUUGAGCUCAGAUCCAGCAAUUUCUGUGCACCAUUUGCAACCUGACGAUCAGUUUAUCAUAUUUGCAUCGGAUGGUCUCUGGGAGCACCUAAGUAACCAAGGAGCAGUUGACAUUGUACAAAAUCACCCACGAAAUGGGAUAGCUAGAAGGUUAGUGAAAACUGCACUACAAGAAGCAGCAAAGAAAAGGGAAAUGAGGUAUUCAGACUUGAAGAAAAUCGAUCGUGGAGUUCGUCGACAUUUCCACGACGACAUCUCAGUAGCGGUUGUGUUCCUGGACUCGAAUCUCGUGAGCCGGGCUAGCUCUGUCAAGAGUCCUAAUAUUUCUGUUAAAGGAGGUGGCAUUAGUUUGCCUACAAAGACUACCCCAACAUAAAGUUGGUGCAACUUUAUGAAGCUGUUGUUGUACUAAUAUGUAUGUUGUGAAUACCAGGUAGCUUCAAAAGCAGGUCAACAAUUUUUUAAAAUGUAAUCUAACUGAGACUAGUACUUGAAUUUAGUUCCUGUGCCUAAGAAAGGUACUGGGAAAAAAAAAAAAAAAAAAAAAAGAAUAUCUUUACAAAUAUCACUUCUUCUUGCUUCUAUUAUUUCUCGGGUUGUCCACAUUUUCCUUUUCCUAAUUUCAUUUGGCUUUUGUAUAAUUAAAAUAUUAUAAUUUUAUUUCUUUAUCUUUUGAGUAGACAUUUUGGUUUGUAAAGAAGCUAUAUUGGGAUUGUUUAUAUUAUGGGAACUAAAUAAUGACAAAAGUAUCAAUAGAUAUAUUUGUAUUGUUA